AUGCUUAUCAAUCCACAGAUACUGAAACUACCAACACCCAGAGAGAUUUUCCUCCUAGAUAAAGAAGCCAGUAGAAGAGCCAGAAAUAAUAUUCAAAUUCCAAGUGCACUAGACCGUAUCUCUUGUGUUACAAAUUAUACUUUGACUUCCUGCCCCAAGUGAUUUUCUUACUUCGCAUUAACCCCAUGGACACCCCCAGUGCCAGGGUCUCUGCCCACUGGGAGAAAACAAGGAAAAGGGCAGAUCCUAGACAGCAUACGCUGGUGA